AUGGAGCUGUGCUGGAUAGAAUCUUGGCCAGAGGUGGUUAAAUACCCUGAAGUAGAUGCAAAACGUAUUCUUGUACAGAUUCUAUCCGCAACAGCAUUUUUUCGUCUCCAAGGUGUUGUGCACCGUGACCUAAAGCCAGAGAUCGACGACUCAAUGUACUAUGUUGCACCUGAAGUACUCCAUAGAUCUUACAGCACUGAAGCAGAUAUAGCAAACCCUAAUUUUGAGGAUUUGCCGUGGCCUUCUCCUACUGGUAAAGACUUUGUGAAAAGGCUUCUGAACAAGGAUCAUAGGAAACGAAUGACAGCUGCUCAAGCUCUAGCUCAUCUGUGGUUACGUGAUGGAAACCCUGGUUUGCUUCUUGAUUUCUCGGUUUACAAGCUGGUUAGGUAUUAUAUUCGCGCCUCGCCAUUCAGAAGAUCAGCACUUAAGGCUCUCUCCAAAGCUAUACCUGAUGAGGAGCUUGUGUUCCUUAAGGCGCAGUUCAUGCUCCUAGACCCUAAAGAUGGAGGCCUAUCUCUUAACAGCUUCACAACGGUCAGUGUUUUCCUGAUUUAG